AUGAUGCAUGGAAAUGGAGCCUGGGAUGAUCGAGAACUACAUAAACCGAUUGUUCCUCCCGGGUUAGGCUUCAUUACUUGCAUUACAUCACUCCACCGUGACAAGAAGAAGCCCAACGACACAACAGCAGCAACAUAUUCAACCAUGGCCACCAACCAAGUCACCCGCUGGGUCACCAACCAAGAUGGCAUCGAAAACCUCACCAAAGAAACAAUCCCUAUGCCCACCCCCGCCAAGGGUGAAGUGCUGGUGAAAAUCUCGGCUGUCUCGCUCAACUACCGCGACACCGAGGUCGUGAACGGGCUAUACAACUACUACGACAAACCCGGCACUCCCAAGAAGCCCUUAGUUCCUGUGUCAGACAUGUGCGGGACUGUCGUCUCUGUCGGCGACGACAACAGCCCCUGGAAGGUAGGGGAUAGGGUUGUCUCGACGUUUUUGCAGUCCCAUCUCACCGGUCAGGUUUACCCCGACCACUUGGCUACUGGGUUGGGGAAGCCGUUGGAUGGGUGCUUGCAAGGUUACAGGGUUUUUGGGAGCGAGGGUCUGGUGAGGGCGCCGGGGUAUUUGACGGAUGAGGAGGCGAGUUGUCUGCCUAUUGCGGGGGUGACGGCUUGGAUGGCGAUUCAUGGGAUGGGGGUUAGGAAGGGGGAGGGAGAGACGGUUUUGCUGCAGGGAACUGGGGGGGUUAGUGUGGCGGGUUUGCAGAUUGCGAGGGCUGGGGGGAUGAAAACUAUCAUCACCUCGUCGUCUGAUGAGAAACUUGAAAAGGCCAAGGCUCUUGGGGCGGAUUACGUUAUCAACUAUCGGACGAGUCCGGACUGGGAAAGAGAGGUUAUGAAGAUCACGGGCGAUAAAGGGGUGGAUGUUAUUCUUGAGACGGGGGGUGCUGGGACGCUGUACAAGUCUCUUGACUGCGUUGCGUUUGGGGGAUUGAUCUCGUGCAUCGGGUAUGUGUCUGGGCGGGAGGAUAAGGCUGGUGAGGCAAGGGUUAAUUUGAAUCUUUUGGCGCUGCGGAGGACGGUCACGCUGAAGGGGAUCAUCAACGGUCCAAGGGAUAGGUUUGAGGAGAUGUGUCGGUUUUACGAGAAGCAUCAGAUCAGGCCGGUGGUGGACCGUGUGUUUGGGUUUGAGGAGGCGGCUGAGGCGAUGAAGUAUCUGGCCGGUGGGUCGCACUUUGGGAAGGUGGUUGUGAGGGUUGAGUAA